AUUCACUUCCGGCGUAGUCACUGUCUUCACUACCCCGUACUUAUUUACUUUCUCUGCAGUGAUUAAAUAUGACUGUACGCGGAAUUUACAAAGCGUCAAACCUUCUGAAGUCCAGCGGGGAGUUUUGGAGGAUCUGGAUGAGGAAGAUGAGCUCCGAUUCUUCCUCUCUGACCGUCAGAAAACAGCAGGAUGGAAUCAGGAGGAUUAUCCUGAACAACCCCAGGAAGAGGAACGCUCUGUCUCUGUCUAUGCUGGAGUCUCUGAGAGAAAACCUCCUGACAGACUCACACACACCAGACCUGCGCGUCAUCAUCAUAUCAGCACGGGGUCCUGUGUUUUCCUCGGGUCAUGACCUUGGGGAGUUGACCUCUGCCCGGGGUCGCGAGCAUCACAUCAAGGUGUUCCAGACCUGCUCAGAGGUCAUGACCCUGAUUCAGGAUCUCCCGGUGCCGGUCAUCGCUAUGGUGAACGGUGUUGCCACGGCGGCGGGUUGCCAGUUAGUUGCCAGCUGUGAUAUUGCUGUCGCCACAGAUAAAUCCACUUUCGCCACUCCUGGCGUGAGCGUCGGACUGUUCUGCUCCACGCCGGCAGUGGCCAUCGGGCGAGCGCUGCCCAGAAAGGUGGUUAUGGAGAUGUUGCUGACGGGCCGCCCCAUCUCGGCUCAGGACGCUCUUCUUCACGGGCUCCUCAGUAAAGUGGUGUGUGAGGAGCAGUUAGAGGAGCAGACGCUGGCCAUAGCCAGGCGUGUGUGUGAGUGCAGCCGGCCCGUGGUGGCUCUCGGGAAGAGUGUGUUUCACAGACAGAUGUCCGAGGGCCGGGACGAGGCGUACGUUUGUGCGUCUGCUGCAAUGGUGGAGAACCUGGCGCUGCGGGACGGGCAGGAGGGCGUCAGGGCGUUCCUGGAGAAGCGCAGGCCUGUGUGGAGCAACACUGAUGAGCUAGCACACAUGUGACAUGAUUUAUAUAAAGAGGUGGUAAUAAACAAUGUGGUGUCACAUGUUCACAAUCAUGCAUUCCAUUCCUAAUGUUUACAAUGUAGCCUAUAGUAAGUGCUAAUUAUCCAUGUUAUACAAUUAUUAUACUUUAUCUAUAUGGGUUAUUAUUUGUUUUUGUUUUAAGUUAUAAUUUCCAAAAGUAUUAUAGGCUAACUUACACAGCACAUAUUUAUAACUAAAUACACACACACACACACACACACACACACACACACACACACACGUGCCUGCAUAAGUUUAACCAUGUUCACAUACAGUUCAGAGCGCCAGAGGAAAACUCUGCACUUACUUUGCAUUUAUUUCACAUUAUUUAAUAAAUUAUUAAUUUAACGCGACAUAGUAACAAAUCUAGAAAAGUUCGCUUUUGUUUAGUGGAAAUAUAUUCUUAUAUCUGUAAUAUCAAUUUAAAGACUCGCGUCUAAACGCCCUCCUGUGGUGAAUUAUGUGCAUUACACUGCUGUUAAUUAUUUAAUUUCUGUUAAAAACCUUUUAUUAAAUUAUUUGUAUUGAUUAAAAUCAUUUGAUAGAUCAUUCAAAACAUCUGGCAAACAUGUAGUUUUAAAAUGAAAUAUAUUAUUGGAUGUAUAACCCAAGGGAAAAUCAUGAAAAAUUGAUUGUAUCAUUCUCUGUGUAUAUACUGCCCCCGUUUGUAAACAAAUACAUAAUAUAAUUUUAAAAAGUCUAA